GCUCCAAUCGCGAGGCUCGGAGGGCGGGCACCGCGCUCGAGCGCGCGGCGGGAGGAGAUGGCGGUGCGGCGGCAGCUGCUGGAGCUGUUCCAGGAUCCGCAGCUGUUCCAGGACCCGCAGCUCGUCGGGACCAUCGUGCUGGAGCGGGCGUCCUCCCCGGCUGCUGCCACCUGGAUGCCGCCGCCGUCGCCGCCGUCGCCCUUGCCGCCCGCCGCGGAGCCGGCGUCGCCUCCGCGGCGGCAGGGUCCGCUGCCGGAGCUGUGCGCCGUGUUCCACUGCCGCGGCUGCUGGACGGUGCUGGGGGACUCGCUGCACUUGUGUGCGCCGGAGGCGCCGCGGUUCGGCUUCCUCGCCUGCUUCAAAGUCACCAGUGAUGUGGUCUGGGAGGAUUCGCUCUUGAUCGGCCUCGAGGAACCGCUCCUGGGAUGUGCUUACAAUGCAUUAUCCUGUCGGUCAUGUGGCUUGUCUGUGGGCUUCAUCCUUCAUUCUGCCGCCAGUAACCUGGCAUAUCUCCGAGGCUUGUUCUGUUUCUUCAAGGACAGAAUCCUCUGUUAUCUCUUAGAAAACCAAAUGGUUAUAGAAGCUCCUGAGGUGGAUUUUCCUGCUGUGACCUUAAAGAAACAAGUGCAGGAACUGAAAGAAAAGCUUGUGGAGUUCCACAUUCGCAUAGAAUUGCUGACGAACAAGCUGAAGGAACUGGAACAAAGUAAUUAUGCAACAAAUGGCAGAGCUCUGCAUCAGAUACAGAUGGCCUACCACCAGGGUAUGCAGGAGUUAGGAUCAACUAGUAGCUGUUUUCAAGAACUGCUGCAGUUGUUUCUGCAUCUCUGCUGAGUUUGUUCAUUAUGGUGAAAUAAUGCACCAGAUCAGAUUUGAGUGUUGAUCUGUCACUUUAUCUGUGUAUGGAAAGAACUGAUGAUUAAGUGCAUCCCUUCAGGGGAACACCUGAAAACCUGACAUACUGAAGUUAUGCUUGGAAGACUGAAUAACUCACCCAUGCAGCACAUCACUCUCUGAGGCAGUAUAACUGUGACUUUGGUUUUUUUCUCUUGGGGGAAAAACAGCCUUUGAAAUGCUAAAGUCAGGCUUCUGGAGCUAUACAAACACACUAACAAGGUGAUAUUCAAGAGGAGCUGUUAUAAAUUGACCAUUCUUAGAGAUGUAAAGUUUUUGUCCUACCGUUUCAUAUAGAUACAGGUUUAAUGGCAGCCUGGGUGUUAACGGCAGCUGGUUGUUGAUUAAGUGGCUCAUUAGCUACAUCUCAUAUGCAGGCACUGCUAAAUGGACUCCUGAAUAGUUCUUUCAGAUUUGCUCAAUGUGUGUGGCCUGCAAAAGGAGCAGGCUAGCAUGUCACAGAUGCUACACACUUCUUAUUGCAUGAAUCUGGAUGGCACAAUGCAGGCUCUAGCACAAGGUUUUGGAUUUCAAUUAAAGGGCAACCCAUGCGCUUGCCAAGUCCUCUGGAAUGCAGCCCCAUGACUGCACAGGACUGAGUCAAAUACGCCCAUUUAGGCUGUGAGCAACUGCCUUUAACAAAUUUGAGCACUUCUUUCUGGGGCCGAAACUGUGAAACCAAGGAACAUUCUUCUCCUUCACUUCUACUCAGUCACGGGAGCUGCUCUGCUGGAGUUUUAAUGAUCUGCCUGCUGCCUUCAAUUGGCCAGUCAAGAUAUUUCAUAAAAAACACCUAAUUGGCAUUUCUUUCUAUUUUGAAUGGGUUCUGCUUAUUUCCAAACAUUGGAAAAUAAUUUGAUGGAAAAGAAGGAGCACUACUUACCAUUUGUUACCAGGACAGAGUAUCUUUAUCCCUAAUUCUUGUUUGUUGGAAGGUUAAGGGUUCUUUUCCUCUCCUUUUUGCUGCCUAAAGGGUGAAUGUUUUUCCCUAAGGGGAUCAAAUACUUUAUGGGAAGUUUAGUAAUUGUCUGUAGUAGUCUAGAGAGGAUUCUAUUUACUUGAUCAGCUUAAUUCCAGUGAUGCUACGAGCAAGCAUCUUUCCACCUCAGGUAAAUGUUUUCCAUUUUAUAACUUCACCUUUGUGGUACUUCCUAAGUGACAGCAUUUUGCUGUUGCCUUAGUCUAAGAAAUGUGAUUGAUAAUGGGACUACUUGCUUUUGCUCUUUCAUUUCAGUUUCUGCACUGAGACUCUUUCUUGCUAUAUAUUUUAUGUCUAUAUAUACUGUGUAUAAUAGUGCUAAAUAGCUUUGCUUCAUCUGGCUAAGUGUCAAUGCCUAAAAGGGAAAGAAAGCUGUCAGUUACAUUUUCAUAUUAUAUUUACAGUUGUGAAAAAGAAUUUUUUAAAUAAAAAAAAAAGCUGACAUUCAGAAAUUCAUAUUGUGCAAAUCAUUGCCAAUAUCAUGAGUGAUAGGCCUACUUCUUUUUCUUUGAUUAUGUUUGCAGGAAUAAAACAUUGGUUUAUCUUGCUUGAGUCCUGGGUUGUUAUGAAGCAUUUAAUGAACAGUUCCUCAAAUUAUAUUACUUAGCAUGAAUUUAAACAAAUAAUGAAUAUAUGCUAAAUAAUAGCUGUUAAUUUUUUAAACUACAUUUCUGGAAUCUUUUGAACUGGGAGGACCUCUAAGUAAAUUCUGUUUUAAGAUGCAAUCUGUAUAAAAUAAAUACAUUAUCUUCAGUAAUUUGAGAUGAACAUUUACUGAGAUACCAAAUUAAACCUAUGGAUGCAUUUUGAUUUAAGUGAUGCUUAUAAAGUUAUUUGUGAAAGAGUCAGCAUUUGAUCCCACAGCCUGUCCAGGAUUCAAAUUCCUUUUAAUCUGAAAUUGCUCAGUGAAUAAAUGUUUUUGUUAUUCUAGAGUCGAGUCUUAUCUCCUGUAGCUAGGCAUCUUGAGAUGUGUUCUAGCCUUCAGUGCAGGCAGGGCCAGUCUGGCUUGCAAGGGAUGAAUUCUCUGUUUAAAUAAAUAACAACCACUUAGAGAGCAAGUCUCAAGCUUAGGCCUUCUUAUGUUAGCUAAUCAGCAGCUGUCUUCUCUGGCAUCCACAGAUAAAACCCAAUAGAAAAUGAAACACUGGUUGAACAGGGUAUUGAAGUAACAAUCAUACUGUGAAUCUUCCAUAAGGUAGCAGAAGGGUCAGCAAUCCACAACAGAUUUUGGAAAGCUUGUGGCAGCGUUGAAAGACUUCUCCUGAUGAGGUGGUGUCCUACUGCUGCAUUAGAGCAGUUGCCAAAACUGCUUGCAGCAGCAACUGCAAGGAAAGUAGUGCUUCCCUGCAGGUUGUGACAAGCCAACCACAGAAGAAAUUUUUCAGAAAUGUAGUUAUCAAAACAAUAAACAAUCUGUGUAUAUAAAACAGUUACCUGAGGGGCUUAUUACUUUUAGGCCAUCUAUACAAGCAACAUAGGGUUCUGCUACCCUCUAAAACAACCCUUGAAGCUUUUAACUGGUAAGUUACUCAUCUUAUGAAUGGAAUAACAAUUUUUGUUUAGUUGCCUUCCAGGUUAGAGGCUCUUGUGCUUGAAAUCUGCUGGAACAGCUGGCCCUAAGGCAGAUAUCCAGCAUAUAUCAGUUCAGCUCAAAUUGUUAAGUUUUGACAAAGAUACAGCAAGUACAGACACAAGUACAGACACAAGUACCUCAGAAGUGGAGUGUGUAGUAAGUUGAUUAAUUUGUCUUCUGAACAGAUGACACAUCCAGUUUUAGUGCAUUCUCAGCCUGUGCUGCUUUAUUGCUAAAAAAAUUUGUAUACAGGUGCAGAGUUUCCAAGUUCAUUUUUAAACAGUUCCUCUUUACAGUGUCAAAAGAAUAAAUUCUUAUCUUGAAAUCCUCAAAGAUGCAUAGAUAUAAAAGCAAGCUGCCUUUUGGAAAAACAUCAGAAUUUGCAGGGAGACAUUCUUUCACUGUUACCAUGUAAAACGUGCAAUGGGAGUACACAGUUCGUAGUUACACCAAUAAUUUCCUCCACUAAUCCAUGUAAGAAUGCCAUCAGAAGUUCAGUCUAAGUAUUUUCGGCUUGUUUUAAGGUAAUUUUAAAUGAAUUUAUAUUCAAUACUUCUCCUUUGCUGUUAUGCUUUCCAAAAGGAGGAUAACUUCACCGACAUCCUAAAGUAGCUUAUUCCCCAGGUUAUACUGAAGGGAAAUACAAAGGAUACAAUGGCUUACUCAUCACAAAAAAAAAUUGACAGUAUUUAAAACCAUGCAUAGUGUUCUAAAGACUUAAGAAUGACCAUGGUUAACCACUGGGCUAAAUCUGUCUUACAAAUUUACUUGUUGCUUGAGAAGUUGGCUCAAGGGAUUUCAUUUAGUCUAACUUCUGAUACCAUAAAAUAGUUAUCUUCUCUUAUAAUAGUCCUAUCUUCGUUUGGCAAUUCUUAUACAUCUAGAAAGAGUAUUCAUGUGAAAAAUGCAACCCCUGUUUUAAACCCAAAUCACGGUGCUUCAUGAAUGGUUGGCUAUGAAGUAUGAAUAGGAGUUAACUUGACAUACAAUUUCUUCCACCAAGACACUUCUUUCUAUUUAAGAAAGAAGACUGAGCCUCUGUACAUGGAGAAGUGUUCUGCACAAGUUAAGCCCACUUACAAAAUUAAGCUAAGCUAGAAGUAUGGAAUUCUGCAAUAACAAGCUAGUAUUCUACAUGUUUCAUUACAAGUUUAAACUUGGAAAAGUAUUAGUGAUGUAGGUUAUGCCACACAUUCUCUUAUUUUCAAACUGCCAGCAGAAUUGACUGCAUUAUCCACUAAGAUUUGCGAAAUAUUACAGAGAACACACUAAGAGUUUACAGAAAGAUGGCACCCAAAUUCCCUUUUAUUUAAUAAGAGAAAUAAAGAAAAAAGACAAUUGCAACCUGUGUUGCAGAAGAUAAAGACCUUCAGUGAUUAAACCUCAUUUUCUGUUUUUAAAAAUCUCUUUAAAGAACUUAAAAAAUAUACAAGAUUACCAGUAUUUUCAGGUUCAUUCCUGCAGGUGCCAUUAUUGCUGGCUGGUACCAGUAUGCUUCAGUACAGCUGCCUAUGUGGCUAGAGUUACCUGAAAAUACUGUCUAUUAAAAAGCUAUUCAACACCUGAAAAAUAUGUACUGUGCUUAUUUAAUUUCAGUCUUCUCCAAAUAAUUUCUCUCACCGCAUCCAAGCUUAUUACCUACUGUCUGGCAAAUACUACACUCAGUUUGAGUCUGUGGUUUCCAUUGCUUGUUUGUUGGUUUGGAGGUUUGUUGGAGUUUUUUUGUUGGUGGGUUUUUUUGUGUUGUGUUGUGGCUUUGUAUUUUUUCUUUCCCACCAGUUGUUCCUCCCUGCACCUUGUAAGAAACUCUGCACCCUUUUCCUUGCUACAGCUGCAGCAGGUGAGAAACCUCAUCUCGCCCCUAAACAUGCUUAGUUCAUGCCCUGCUUUUUACAUGCUCAGGACACUAAUAUGAACCAGACAAGAGGUUAUAAAGGCGAGUUCUGCUGAUCCUAGUUCCUGAUUUACAGUUUUGGUGCCAUGCUUCUGUCCCUAUCUAUACAUUCUGCCCCUUUCUCUACAGAGGCAGCACAUUCUCUAAAAAAACCCAAAAUUUGAGAAUCAAAGCAGGAAGUUCAAGCUAUUGGUAUAUUAAUUCCUAUUGCUUCAUUAUGUAUAAAUGCAUAUCUCAAUUUACUGGUAAUAACUACGUUACACUAGACAUUUUGAUUCAUGCAUAAUUAGAAUACUAGCUCUAAGGUUUGGUUUGUGGGCCUGUGCCGCUUUCCUUCACUUUCUCCAUGCAGUUCUUCAUGCCUAAGGCAUUACAAACUAGCCUCCUUAUAUCUGACCUGCAAACACACUCAUUUGGAGGGGAAAUGGAGAGAAACAGACAGGAUUUACAUAGGACACACUGAACAGUAAGUUACCUUUUAUCUUUAACUUUAGAUAGUGUAAAGUCUUGGCAAUCUAUCUAUAUUAUAACCUGGUACAUAGGCUCAGAGACAGAAACAUGCUCUGCUGACAUCGUGAACACUGACACCUUUUCUAAAUCUCAGGAGAAAGUGCAGAGCAGACUAAAAGGGAACAGACAUCAGAAUCCAUGGUUAGUGUUCUGCACUGUUAAACUAGACACCCUGGUUCAACUGUUGGCUUUUGUGUGCCAGUCAAAGUACUGCAGGGGCAAAAUGCUGGAUCAUUCUGUAAAAGAAAUCCAGUGGAAUCUAACUUGGACUGCCAUUAUGCAGCUUUGUACCUGAACAACAAGCAGGAUUAUUAGUUUUGGAGGAAGACCAGACAGUUUCCUAAAGAUGCAGGAAGCAGUAAUUUCUAAGAUUGGUUAUCCAUCAAAAACUGUUCUUAUCUUCAAUAUUUUUCCCUUUUCUGCCCAAAAAAGCAGGCUGCCAACUCUUGAUAAUGUAACCCAAGUGUCAGUGACCUCAAGCUCAGUACAAGUUCUUCUCACUCACUAUCAAGAAGUCUUUGCAAGACUUUCUUUUUGUCCUAAAUUUGACAGUUACCCUCAGUUGCAAAAGAUGCAAUCCUUGAAGGUGCAGUUCCCUGCACACGUACUGGCUGGACCUUCUUCAGCAGGACUACUGGAUAUGCAAACAGCAUAUACUUGUGUCAUCUGGGUUUAGUACUGCUAAAGGAGGCAUGUCCGUACCAGUCACUACGCCUUUGAUAUCCCACACCAAAGUGUAGUAGCAUCUAACACUUCCACUCAGGUUUAGAAGUCGUUAAAUCAAGGAGGUUGAAGGAAAAGUCAUGCCAUUGUACAAGAGCUGAAAGGCAACGGGAUUCCUUUCCUUGCUGUGAAUAGUAAUUUCUAGUCUAGUAGCCCAUAGAAUACAGAUCAUUAUAAAAAGUCUGAACUGGGAAGAAUAUGAAGAUAGCUUGCCUGGCUACAUCAGUCUUGAUUUGCUCCCCCCUUCUCUGAACAGAUAUACCCUUAAAGAAUUCUGUUCCACCAAAAAGUUCAUAAUUCUGAAGUACCAACGUGACUGCGUUUUCAUUAUUUCACUUUAUGUAAAUGUACUUGCUGACCACAGACCAGAAUAAAUUUAUAAUUUCUCUAAUGUAAUCAGAUAACAGUCAAGUUAAGGUCCCCUAUGGCCAGCUUCCAAUUUUAUCAAUAAUUCAAUAGCUAGAAUUUAUACUGAUUACAGCCUUCCAGAUCAAUUAGCUUUUCAUAUGCAUAUUACAUACUAGCCCACACUUAAUUUAGACAUUCUCAUGCUUGUUACUCUAUAGACUAAAAAUGUUCACAGUUGUCACAGUUCCAUUAUCAAUUUCUGAAGAGCCAAACUGCUUCACCUCCAUGCUUUCAAAACCACAAGCUUCCAUUCAGCUCUAAGUCACAGCCUAAAUUACUUAAGCUUUCCAGAAGAAAUCCAGACAGAUAGAUCUAAACCUCUGAUGAAAUGAUUCUGUUCAGAAUACAUUAUUAUCUGCUGGGCCAUAUUGUCUCUAUAGACUGAAAACUAGGAGCACUUUAGAACUCCUGUGGCUCUUUUAUGUAACCCUUUGACAGCAAAUACUUUGCUGGGUGCACAGGCUACAGCUGUAGAUCAAUAACCCUUUCUGUUACCAGAGGCUUGCCUCUGUUACAGUACUUGCCCCUGCAAAACUUCAGGCAUAGACAGAAAUCAACUAUGGUCUGAAACAGUGUUUAGCAAGGUUAAAAUUAUUUCUUGCUGUAAAGUAACAUUUUUAGAAUUCUACAGCUGUGCCUGGGAUGUACAAACCUUUUGAGUGUCAAGUGCUCUCUAGUUUUUUAAGUUUGUUUUUUAUUUAUUUAAAGACCAUCUCAGACUGGUCUUUUUAAACAAGAAAAAAAAAACAA